GUUCCCGCCUCGCUUUCGCUGUCGCAGCUAUUGCCCCGAGUUUGGUGGCUCUCGUGUCGUAGCUGGCUCUGCGACGGCUGGGCCCGAUGGCGCCUCAGCGGAGGGGACCACCCAGAAUUCCCGAGGGAAGUAGUGCUGCAGAGCGCCGGCGCGCGACCAGUACCAAGAAGGACCGGCUGCCUCGGGAGGCACAGAGGACAUGGCUAAGGAUUGUGGCCUUUGGGGUCGGCCUUGCUCUGGUCACAUGUCUGCUCUGGAGUAGUGUGGGGAUCGAUGAUGAUGUUGCUGAGGUUGUGGCCCGUCGUGGUGAGGUCCUAGAAGGCAGGUUCAUUGAGGUUCCCUGCUCUGAGGACUACGAUGGUCACCGAAGGUUUGAAGGCUGUACCCCCAGGAAGUGUGGCAGAGGUGUCACUGACAUCGUCAUCACCAGGGAGGAGGCGGAGCAGAUUCGCAGAAUAGCAGAGAAAGGGCUCUCCCUAGGUGGAUCGGAUGGAGGGGCAUCUAUCCUGGACCUGCACUCUGGAGCCUUGUCUGUUGGGAAACACUUUGUGAACCUGUAUAGAUACUUUGGAGAUAAAAUACAAAAUAUCUUCUCUGAGGAGGACUUUCAGUUAUAUAGGGACAUUCGGCAGAAGGUCCAGCUCACCAUCGCGGAAGCUUUCGGCAUCAGUGCAUCCUUGCUGUACCUGACGAAGCCCACAUUUUUCUCGCGAAUAAAUAGCACAGAAGCCCGGACAGCUCAUGAUGAGUACUGGCACGCACACGUGGACAAGGUGACCUACGGCUCUUUUGACUACACUUCGCUGCUUUACCUAUCGGAUUACUUAGAGGACUUCGGUGGAGGGCGCUUUGUGUUCAUGGAAGAAGGGUCCAACAAGACAGUGGAGCCCAGAGCUGGUCGAGUCUCAUUCUUUACCUCAGGCUCUGAGAACCUGCACCGAGUGGAGAAAGUCCUCUGGGGCACCCGCUACGCCAUCACCAUCGCUUUCACCUGCAACCCGGACCACGGCAUCGAGGACCCAGUACUCACGUGACCAGCUAGGUCAGGUCCUGAGUACCAUGUCCUGUCAGAGAAGGCACUCCUAGGCCGGGUGGAGGGUGUGUUCAUCUCUCCCACUUCAGGCCAUUGCUGCUGCUCAAUGUGCCUUAUGAAUUAUCCCGAGUCUCAACCUGCUGAUGUUUUAAUCCUUUUGUCUGAGAGUAAAUCAAGGAAGGAGCCUGUUACCCGAGUAACAGCUAACCC